AUGGCAACCGCUGCUCCCAAACAAUUGGGUAUCACUCCGCCUUUAUCUACCGCGCUUCCGACAGAUGCUGAGAAGCAAGCAACUGAUGCGCUCAUCGAAGAAUUAACAAGAGAGAAUAAUUUCGAAAGCCGUGCUGAUACUGAUAAAAGAACCGCGGUCCUUGCGUCUUUACAAAACAUCACCGAAGAAUUUGUAAAGCGAGUUUGCAGAAAGCAAAACUUACCAGAGAAUUACAUCAAUAAUGCUGGCGGUAGAAUAUUUACAUAUGGCAGUUUCCGACUUGGUGUUUAUGGACCUGGUUCUGAUAUAGAUACCUUGGUUGUCGUUCCCAAGAAUGUUUCCCGCGAAGAAUAUUUCGAAAUGUUCCCAGACCUCUUGGUGGAGAUGGCCCCAAAAGGAGCUAUCGAAGAUCUUACGCCUGUUCAGGAAGCCUAUGUUCCGAUUAUUAAGUUUGAAUAUUCAGGCAUUAGCAUCGAUUUAAUCUUCGCAAGAAUUGAUACACUUACACAAGUUCCAAGGACUCUCACCCUCAAGGACGACAACUUAUUGACCGGUUUGGAUGAUGCUGGCCUCCGCUCCGUUAAUGGAACUCGAGUCACUGAUGAUAUUAUGGAUCUGGUUCCAGAAAAGGCAGUAUUUAGAAAUGCUUUGAGGGGAGUUAAGCUUUGGGCGCAGAGACGGGCUAUCUAUGCUAACAUUAUGGGCUUUCCGGGAGGAGUUGCUUGGGCCAUGCUGGUGGCUAGAGUAUGUCAGUUAUAUCCACAAGCAACCGCAUCUACAAUCAUUCUCAAGUUCUUCCGCAUUAUGGAGAAGUGGCAGUGGCCGCAACCAGUCUUACUGCAGCAGAUCAAAAAUGGCAAGCUCAACGUUCGCGUCUGGAAUCCAAGAGUAUAUAAAUCUGACAGUUUCCAUCUCAUGCCAAUCAUCACUCCUUCAUACCCGUCGAUGUGCGCGACUCAUAAUGUAACGAAAUCGACCAAAGAAAUCAUCUGUCGGGAACUUGCUCGAGGAGGAAAUAUCGUGGAUAGAAUUAUGAUGGGCAAGGCACCUUGGAAAGACUUAUUCCAGAAGCACACAUUUUUCACCAAAAACUACAAAUAUUACCUUUCCGUCAUUUCCGCUAGUACUACAAAGGAGGCUCAACUCAUAUGGGCAGGUUUGGUCGAAUCGAAAGUUAGACUCUUGGUUACUAAUUUAGAAACUCAUGAAUCUAUUGCGUUAGCACAUCCUUUCAACAAGGGCUUCGAACGAGUUCACAAAUGCAGCUCAGAGGAUGAAAUCGAAUCGGUAAAGGAGGGUGGACAUCAAUACCAAAUCUAUGAAAUUCCAACGGUGACUACCGACCCAUCCCAUGAUCCUAGUCUAGGGAUUGCGGUAAAGGAUCAGAAUGGAGAUGUACCAGAGCCCGAACCCGAGAAGAAGGAAACGAUGGUUUACACAACAACAUUUUACAUCGGCCUCGAGCUCCGCGAAGGAGCUAAAUCACUCGACCUUGCAUGGUGUGUUGAUGAUUUCAAGGACAGAUGUAGAUCCUGGGAGAAAUACAACGAAGAACUAAAUACCCUAUCUGUCAUUCACACUCGAAACUGUGACCUUCCGGAUGAUGUCUUCACUGAAGGCGAGGUCAAGCCAACUCGUUCUCAAAAGAAGAAGAAGCGCCCUGCAAGCGAUGACGCUAAACAAGCACCUGCAAAGAGACAGCAAGUAGUUGCUGCUGGAUAA